CCUCAGUUGUCAGAGGAUUCGGAUGACGAAGGUGUUGCGGGUGGAAGGCGCGGGAGUGGACACGGAGUCUCAAAACGAAAGGCUUCACGUUCUCAGGCCAAUCAUCAUCGAGAUGAAGAGCAUGACGACGACGAAGGUGAGUUGGAUCAGAUUCUGCAUGUAUGCAUGUCACUAAAACGUAACAGAUUCCGACUCAGACUCACCAGACGCUCACGAAGAUAAAAAGCAUGAGGCGAGGAAAGGAGGUCGGAAAUCCAAAGGAGAGGUCGACGAGAAUGGUAAACCCAUCAAGGAGAUGACCAAAGCGCAGCGCAGGAAAGAACAGAAUCGAGCAGCGCAGAAAGCCUUCAGGGAGAGGCGUGAGGCGAAAGUUCGAGAUCUCGAGGAGAAAGUCGCAGAGCUCGAGUCCAAGUCAUACGGUGUCAACGUGGAGAAUGAGAAUCUCCGAGGCAUUCUGAAACGAUUGCAAGAGGAGAAUGUUGCUUUAAAGCAGGCAGCAUUCACCUUCUCCAUGCCUGUUGCCAGUGGAUCUGCUGCUCCGGCUCAAUCCAGCUCCUCCGGCAAGGAGGCGUCUCUCGGAACCACUCGACAGCCAAGUCCCUAUCAAGCGGAAGACCCGUUAAGGUCCAUCAAUGACCCACCUGCUCGAAACGAUUCCCUUGGGUCGAAUGCUUCGCCAGAGCCUCUCCGAUCCGUCAAUUCUCCGAAUCUUCGUGCGGCCAAUGCCUCCACCGAUAGGAGCCCUUCGCAACCUCCUCAGCUUUUCAACGGUGCGACCAACGCGUUUGACAGCAACUUUCUCUCUUCGUACAUGGGGAAACCUGGUUCUCCAAGUAACAGCAUGAAGACAUCUCCACCUAGUGUGCCUGCGUCUUCGCAGUCUGGCCUCACGCCGCAAUCUACAACGAGCACAAAGACUGAGAUCGAAGCCUUGUGGGCCAGCUUCCUCGAUCAACAGGCGCAGCAACGUCAACAAGCUCAGCAACCAAAGACUCCGGGUACCUUGCUCAAGGAGCAGGCCUAUUCCAUGUUUGGUAAUGGUGCGUUCACCGGUAAUGGCUUUGUCACAUCUCCCAAGGCCUUUGAUGCUGGUAACGCGGGCACUGGCGCCGCACCGAGCUUUGAUAAGAUGGCCUUCAGAGACGAUUCGUCCGGAUCAGCCAAGAGUCAGCCUCAAGCACCUGUCUCCGUUCCAGCACCGCAGGACGGCAACAGAGAUCCUUGGGCGGGUAUGAUGGACAGCAGCAUGAAAGACUUCUUGGCUUCGCUCACCGGGGCCAACGAGGAAAGUGCAGAAGUCCCUCCAACCAAGUCACCGGAGGACGAAGACUUCAAUGCGCAACUUCUCAAGCUUCUAGGAGCGGCGUCACCCUCCGCAGCGUUCAAUCUGCCGGUUGGUACGGACAAUCCUUUCAGCCCGACCAAUUACCUCAAUAUGGAACCCUCCCCCUCCGCGAGCGGUUCCAACGGCAUAUCACCCGCUUCGAUGGCCCAGCUCAGCUCCGUAUCGAACUCUGCUUCUCCAGGCUCGUCUGCAGGUGAUGCCGCGACUUCUGUCACUUCGUUCUCGCAAUCCCAGAACGGCGAUGGCUCUCAUGGUCUCUCCGCACAAAAGCGACAAGACUCGGAUGGUAAAGAAUGGGUAUAUAUCGUGGAUCAAAGUGGCAAUGUGAUCAGACCCGCGGACAUGUGGACUGAUUUGGGAUUCAAGAAGCAGGAUGCGAUGCACGAAAUUCUGGUGGAUGAUCUGUGCGAUCUGAUGAAGACGAAGGUGACAUGCAAGGAUGGUGAGUAGAUGGUGGACCCUUUCUGGCUCGGUAACUCACGCUGUACCCCAGGCGUUAAGUAUAUUGGUCAAGACGACGCCAAGCACGUCCUGGAACUGAGAGACGAGUAUCUCCGGCUGCAGCGUCAACAAGGUGCUUCGGUGUAGAAAUUGAACGUUUUUAUGGUCCAAGAAGAUGUCAAUGGAAGAAGUGGUGGCUCCUCCUCUGAUCUCUAUUCUGUCCCCGCUGCUCUGACUACUCGUUUCUCAUGUACUACGCUAUGUAUGAUACGUGUACAAUUUCAUGCUAGGCCAGCUAUUUCGAUAUUAUUAUCCAUGGCGGAGGGAACCCUCUUA